CGGAACGUCCCUCAGCGACCGAGCUCUUGCUGGGGUCGCUUGCUGCUGACGUGUGCCGACCGGCUUCGGGCCGCGGCGCGGGUCGCUAUGGCGGUGGACAUCACACUGCUCUUCAGGGCUAGCGUCAAGACAGUGAAGACGCGGAAUAAGGCUCUGGGAGUGGCCGUGGGUGGUGGAGCCGAUGGCAGCCGGGACGAGCUGUUCCGCAGAAGCCCUCGGCCCAAGGGAGACUUCUCCAGCCGGGCCCGUGAAGUGAUUUCUCAUAUUGGGAAGCUGAGAGAUUUUCUCCUGGAACACAGGAAGGAGUACAUUAAUGCCUACAGCCACACCAUGACUGAAUGUGGGAGGAUGACAGACACAGAGCGAGACCAGAUAGACCAGGAUGCUCAGAUAUUCAUGCGGACCUGUAAAGACGCAAUUCAGCAACUCAGAACAGAAGCCCACAAGGAGAUUCAUUCCCAGCAAGUGAAGGAACACAGGACUGCAGUUUUGGAUUUCGUUGAAGAUUACUUAAAAAGAGUGUGUAAGCUUUACUCUGAACAGAGAGCCAUCCGAGUGAAACGCGUGGUGGAUAAAAAAAGACUAUCUAAGCUGGAGCCUGAGCCUCAUACAAAGAGGAAAGAACCCGCAUCUGAGAAAUCCUCUCAGAAUGCUUCCCAGGACUCUGAAGAAAAGCCUGCUGCUGAGGACUUGCCAGAAAAGCCUUUGGCUGAAUCACAGCCUGAACUGGGAACCUGGGGCGAUGGCAAGGGUGAAGAUGAGCUGUCUCCAGAAGAGAUACAGAUGUUUGAACAAGAAAACCAACGACUCAUUGGUGAAAUGAACAGCUUGUUUGACGAAGUGAGGCAAAUCGAAGGGAAAGUCGUUGAAAUUUCGAGACUCCAAGAGAUAUUCACUGAAAAGGUUUUACAACAGGAAACCGAGAUCGACAGCAUUCACCAGUUAGUUGUGGGGGCAACUGAAAAUAUUAAGGAAGGCAACGAAGACAUACGAGAGGCCAUCAAAAACAACGCAGGCUUCCGAGUGUGGAUCCUCUUCUUCCUCGUGAUGUGUUCCUUUUCCUUGCUCUUCCUCGACUGGUAUGACAGCUAGCCCACUAGGGCCUGGCCUGGCCUGCACCACUGCCCUGGACAGACCACGUGCCAGCGUGUGCCUCAUCUGCUGUGGAGUUGCUUAAGGCCCAAGGGCUGGGAAAGCAUGGCCCCCAAGCCAACCUGUACACCUCAAGACCUGGAAAUACAUGGACUGCCAGUAUGCUCUUCAGGGUGCAAGAUAAAGGCAGUCAGGAACUGCACCGUCAGGACAGGCCACAUGCAUGGUGGGGGCUGAGCAACGCAAGGAUACAGCACGCCUCCUAUCCCCAUCUCCUGCCUUUCCCACACCAGUAGCUUCAGGGAAGAACAUGCCUAAUGUUUCUAAAAUCAUUAGUUCUUAUUUCCUUGUGGCAUCUAAUGUGUGCCGGCUGAUAUGUGGCCAUUUUGUCACCAUUUUGUCACAGAAAAUAAUUCACAUCUGCCUUGUCAAGCUAAUAAACGCAAUUACAGCCAUA